AUGGUUCAAGCUCUUAAAUUAAGCGAAUUGGCUAAUAGAAAGAGACGUAACGAAGAAGAUGAAAACGGACAAGAGGAAGAAUCUGAGAUUGAUAUCAGUAGUACUGACUCAGAGAACGAGGGUAACGACGACAAUGAUGAAGAUAAGGAAGAGCUAGUUAAUAUUGACUUUGAUUUUUAUAAUGCAAACCCUGACAUUGAUUUCCAAGCAUUGAAAAACUUGUCCAGACAAUUAUUUGGUGCGCAAGAGAGUAAUAAGAUUCAACUUAGUGCAUUAGCUGAUUUGAUGCUUGCUUCUCCAAUGACUACCAUUAAGACAGAUGGUACUGAAUCGGAUCCAUAUUGUUUUAUUUCAUUUAUUGAUUAUAAGGAGAAUCGUGAUAGUGAUUAUGCCAAAUAUUUAAAUAGCGUGAAUACUAAAUUAUCUACAUUUUUCAGAACCAUAGAUAAUUCUAAUGACAAGAACUGCGCUUUAGUGAUAAGUGAAAGAUUGAUUAAUAUGCCACCUGAAAUUGUUCCACCUCUAUAUAAGAUUACAUUGGAUGAUAUUAAGAAUUCCUCUAAUGGAGGCAAAGAACAUUUUGAUUUCUACGUGAUUGUUAGUAGGAAAUAUGAAGUAAACUUUGAUACCGAUGAAACCACUAUUCGUUCUACUAAAAGAGUAAAGGAUGUUGAAGUUGAUUAUUUCCAUGAAGAAGAUAGAUUCUUAGAAAAAUAUGCAAAAGUACAAUUCCAAUCCGACGCAAGAAAGGGUGUCAUCAGCACAUACAUGAUCCUAGACCACGACGGACUAAUGAACGGUAUAGCAGACCUAGAGACAGAGAUAUCUCAAUGGUGA